AUGACUGUUUCGUAUAAUUUCGAUGUUUCUUCGAAUUCUUCGGCCAAUUUUUUGCGAUUGUUACUGCGAUGGAAAGGUGAGUGAACAUUUUUUCUGUUGAGAUGACUCAUGUGCGGGAGAAAAAAAUAGUUCGCAUGGGGGAUCGAACUCGCCACCCUUGAAUUCAAAAGCAAGGCUCCUGCCACUGAGCCACUUGCCCCUUUACCUCCCUCCGCAAAAUUGCCAAUAAAUAAUUGCAGGUUCAAUUUGGAAAAGUGUACUUUCGGAGCUCUUGAUCUGGUGUGGUGCAUAUUUAAUCAUCGGAUUUUUAUACCAUUGCUUUUUGAGACCUCACAAACAGACAGAUAUUUUCAAUACAAUCGCUAUACAAUUCGAUGAUGCUGGUAGCUAUAUUCCAAUCACUUUUAUGUUAGCGUUUUUCGUUUCAAUUAUUGUGACAAGAUGGAAAACGACUUUUGCUAAUAUGGGAUGGAUUGAGAGGUUUGUCGAAAUUUUUUUAAGAUAAAAAAUUUUUUUUCCAUAUCUUUUAGCUGCGCUCUAUCAAUAAACUCCCAAAUAAUUUCAAAAAUGUGAAGAAGCCCGACUAAUCCGCCGAAACAUCAUCAGAUAUCUCGUCUUGGCACAAAUCCUAACCUUUCGCGACAUCUCAAUCCGAGUUCGACGUCGAUUUCCGAACAUCGAUUCGAUCUCCAAGGCUGGAUUUAUAACUGAUGAGGAAGAAGAGAAAUUGGAGAUGAUAGAUCUGGACAAAUCAUAUAAUAAAUAUUGGGUGCCAAUUCAUUGGGCGAUUACUUUAAUAAUUCGAGCGGAUGAGAAGAAAUAUUGUCUAAGUGCGCCAGGAACUGUAAGCCUGAUAAAUGAGAUCAAAAUAUUUCGGAAUAAUCUAGCAACAAUUUGUAAUUUUGAUUGGGUUCCAGUGCCAAUCGCAUAUCCGCAAGUGAUAUUUUUCGCUGUUCGAAUGUUUUUUAUCAUUUGUUUAAUAUCAAGACAACAUAUCGUUGGGAAGAUUACCAGAGAAGACAAAACAUAUGAAAUUGUUUUCAAUAUUACAGUUCUUGUGUGCAAACCAUUGUUAACAAUCAUUCAAUUCAUAUGUUUUGUUGGUUGGUUGAAAGUUGCGGAAGCACUUUUGAAUCCAUUGGGCGAAGAUGAUGAUGAUUUUGAGAGCAAUUUUUUGAUUGAUAAGAAUAUAUUUGUGAGUUUUUUGGGGGAAAAUAAAAAAGAAAACAACGAGACUCCGCGUUGACGUUGCACGCGCGCGCGGUUUGAAUUUCUGUUUUUUUUUUCAAAUUUUACAUAAUUUUUAUCGAUUUUUUCAAUUUUUCCGAAAUCCCUCCGCAAAAAACUCACCAAUCGCUUCUAUUUCUCAAAUGCCAAUCAAAAAUCCUCGAAAAUUCGAAAUCCUCCAGGUUUUCCACGUUUUUGACAUUGAAAUCCAAUAUUUCAAGCUGAAAACAGAAAAUUUUUGAAUUUUUCAUGUACCAUUGAGUUCUGCUAACUCUAUAGAUUUCUGAGGGCUUUCUCUGGGUCUCACAACAAUUUUUCAGCUAUUUUUCAGAGGUUUACAGCAAAAUCUUACCCAAAACCAUUUUCCAUCGAUUUUUGAGUGAAAAUUCCAGUAGUUUUCAUGAAAUCCGAUGUUUUUCAAUAUUUUUGUCGCUGAAAGCUCAAAAAUUUCAAUCAAAACAGUGUUUCUCUCGAAAAAACCCACCUUUCUUCAAUAAUCCUCGGAUUUUCCAUUGGAAUCGAUAAUUCGAGCCUUGUAGAACAUCUGAAAAUUCAAUUUUUGUCUGAAAUCCAAUGAUUUUCCCCGGAAACCUGAAAACCCGGCGAAAAAAAACGAAAAAUGAAAAUAUUUUCGUGUUGCGCUAAACAGCGGGCAAGCCGGAGUGUCGUUGUAAAAUUUUUUAUUUUUUUUAUUUCUAAAACGAAACAUAUGUUUUCUAGUGUUUUUUGACUCGCUGAUCACUAUUCUGUUGUCAAAAACGACUCUGAAUAGAGUUAUGACGUGGCAAAAUUGGAAAAAUUUGUGAUUUUUUUGCAGACUGGAAUCAAAAUCUGCGACGAAUUCGACAAUUGUCCCAGCCUUUUCUUCGACAAUUUCUCCGAUCCAAACGCGGCUCCAAUUUAUUCGGUUGAUAGUCAACACUAUACAAAUGGCGCACUCAUUGGCUCGGUUUCAAAUAUCACGUUGGCACAAAAUGAUGACAAUGUCACCAUGAUUCCUUUGGGUCCACGGGCUUCGAUUGGUGAUAGUUUAUCGAUGGGAUUGGAUAGGACACCAACGAGAAGGCGGUCGAGGCCGAAUAGUUUUCAGAAAUCGCAGAAAUCGUGGGUUUUUUGAACUUGAAGUUUUAAACUUGAAGUCCUAGUUGUCAAGUAGCGGAGCCUAGAAAUCCUAGUUGUCAAGUAGCGGAGCCUAUAGACCUUUAUUGUCUAGGAGCCGCGCCUAUAGAUCCGCAUUGUCUAGAAGUCGCAUCGAGAAAUCCUAGUUGUCAAGUAGCCGAGCCGAGCGAACCUGGUUGUCAAGUAGCCGCGCCUAUAGAUCCGCAUUGUCUAGGAGGCGCAUCGAGAGAAAUACAAUAGAAAGGAUUCGCGCCUUGAGAGCUUCUAUGUCAAGUAGCCGCGCCUAGAGAACCUAGUCGUCUAGGAGCUGCGCCUACAAAGCUCAAAGCGCCUAGAAAGCCACUUUUAACCUCUAACACUUCAAAGCCACAUAUAUUUUUGCUUCCAGAAAACGCCACAUCAGCGAAGGCGAACCGAACGAAGCCUACGAAAUCGACGAACCGCCGUGUUCCCCAACUUCCCACAAAUUCUCGACGCAUUUAACGAAAGUCGAAGAGAAGGACGAGGAGGAAAAGGUUUGA